UUCCUGUUCUAUAGAAGACUUGGUGUGUUUUAUUGGUUUUAGCUGAAGACACAAAACCGGAACCCUAACAAGCAUCAAUGGCGUCUUCGUCGUCGCUGGCGAAGCGAUGCCAUUACGAAGUGCUCGAUCUCCCCCAAGACUGUGCUCCCGAGGAGAUUCGCUCCUCCUACCGCCGCCUUGCCCUUCAGCGCCACCCGGACAAGCUCAUAAAAUCGGGUAUCUCCCAAGAGGAAGCCACCGCGCAGUUCCAGGAACUCCAACACGCAUACGAAGUUCUCUCCGACCCCAAGGAACGCGCUUGGUACGAUUCCCACCGUUCCCAAAUCCUCUUCUCCGACCCUAAUUCCCUCUCCAAAUCGGUCGUCCCCGACCUCUUCUCCUUCUUCUCCAACACCGUCUAUUCCGGCUACUCUGACACCGGAAAGGGCUUUUAUAAAGUUUAUUCUGAUGUUUUCGAUAAAAUCCACGCCAACGAGAUCAAUUUCGCGCGGAAAAUGGGGCUCGGAGUUGAGGCUGUUCGACAGGCUCCUCUAAUGGGGAACUUGGAUAGCCCCUACGCGCAGGUCACUGCGUUUUAUGGAUAUUGGUUAGGGUUUUGUACUGUGAUGGACUUUUUUUGGGUGGAUGAGUAUGAUGUUAUGGCAGGGCCGAACCGGAAGUCGCGGCGGCUUAUGGAGGAGGAGAAUAAUAAGGCUAGGAAGAAGGCGAGAAGGGAGUAUAAUGAUACUGUGAGGAGGUUGGGGGAUUUUGUGAAGAAGAGGGAUAAGAGGGUGAUUGAUAUGAGGGUGAAGAAGAAUAUGGAGAUGGAGAGGAAGAAGGAAGAAGAGAGGGAGACAAAGAAGAGGUUGGAGAAGGAGAGGAAGGAGAGGGCCAUGGCGUAUGAGGAGGCUGAUUGGGCUAAGGUUGAUAAUGAGGAGGAGGUAGAGGAAUGGGUCGAGGAGGGGGAGGAGGAGAAGAAGAAGAAUGAUAAGGAGUUUUAUUGUGUGUUGUGUGGGAAGAAGUUUAAGAGUGAGAAGCAGUGGAAAAAUCAUGAGCAGUCCAAGAAGCAUAAGGAGAGGGUUGCGGAGUUCAGGGAUUCCAUUGGUGAUGAGCAGGAUUUGGAAGAAGGAAAGGAGGGACUGGGAAGUGAGGAAGAUGGGGUUGGGGUGGAUGGUGAUGGUGGUUAUGGGGUUGGUGAUUUGGAAGCGAGGAUUCGGGAUGAUCUUAAUGUUGAAGACGGGGUAAUUAGAAACGGGGUUGAACCGGAUGAUGAUGAUGAUUGCGGUGGUGAUGAGUUUUCCGAUGCUUCGCAUGCGAAGGAGGGGGAAGAUUCCAAUGGGUUGGUUAAUCUUGAUGAUAGUGGCAAUCAAGACGGUGAUAACGAUGACAAUGGUGUUGUUGAUGAGUUUUCCGAUGCUUCGCUUGCGAAGGAGGGGGAAGAUUCCAAUGGGUCGGUUAAUCUUGAUGAUGGUGGCAAUCAAGACGGUGAUAACGAUGAAAAUGGUGUUCUUGAAGCAAUGGUGGCUGGCCACAAGAACAGAAAGCCACGAGCUUCAACCCACAAAUCCAAGGCUUCAAUAGUUCCAUCUCAAAUUGAAACUGAGAAGGAUGAAUCUGGCCCUAUGGAGUACAACAACCGGAAGCCCACAAGAAAGAAACGUAGAGCUAAGAAAGAGAAGGGUAGGGAAAAUUGGGAAGAAUCUCAGGGGACUGCUUCCAGUUGCAAUGAUGAGAACAUAAACGGUAAUGGAAAUGACAAUGCUCACGGAGAGGAGUCUUCUUCCCAACAUUUUACGGAAAAUGGGGAUAACAUUAUUGGGAAUGAGCAGGUUAGUAGAGGUAAUAAGAUUUCAAACCAACCCGCUGAUAAAAAGGGAGCUGGCAAGGACACAAAAAUCACAGCCAAAAUUUCAUCCAAAGGAAGAAAAGCAAAGGUAAGAACUUCGGAAUAUACCUGCUCUGUUCUCCAUGCCUCAUAAGUUGUGAAGUUCGGACUCCUCUCUCAAAUGGUGUGUUGUGGUGUCCAAAAUUCCCUCCUCGCCCAGGUUUGGCUUCCCCCAAAAUCGAGGAGAGUUGAAUGAGAGUGGGUUUUACAUUAAUUAUCUUAAAUUCAAUAGUUUUAUUUGACUGUUCUAAGCUCUAACUAUAUAAUAAAGAAUUUGCUUAUCUCUGCUUCACUUCAUUCACCUCCACCACUACAUAGUGCUCCCUGUCCCUUCUUAUGUUUCAACCCAACAGAACUUUUAGAAGGACCACACACACUUAGCCAUGUUGUUCUGAUCGAUUAGCGAGCAAUACCUGGUCGUAGUUUGUUGAUAUGACAAAUCUCGGUUGUUCACUUUUCCAAUUUUUUUCAUGUUUAUUCUGUGUUAUAGUUUUUAUGUAGAGGCACUUUCUAUUGUUUUGUAAUGUUUUCUGGCCUUGCCUUACUAUCAAGUUGCUUUUUGUGCUUCAUAAACCUGAUUGUGAUUUUGUUUCUUGAAUAAGGUGACAUCGAAAAACAUUGGUAAUACUUGUGAUGCGUGUGGAGAGGAGUUUGAGUCAAG